AUGAUAAUCAGAAAGCAAAUAUCAAACAUUUGGGUUACUUUUCAAUCACCCUUUAACCCCCAAAAUCUGUUCUUUAUCAAACACUUUUCAGCAAUAACCCAAACCCGAUCUCCACUUUUCUCAGAUACACAAAAAUUGGACACCCAUUUGAGGUCUCUUUGUGAAAAGCCUAAUCCCAAGUAUAACAAUGCAGUUUCACUUUUUAACCAUGUAAUUGAUGAUUUUAGGCAAACCCCAUCUGAGUCAACUUGCAAUUUUCUUGUUGUAACUUUGGCUAAGAGUAAGGAGUACAAUCUUUCUUUAAGGGUGUACUGUAAAAUGAGAAAAGCCCAAGUCUUGCCCAGGUUUUUAUCAUUAGCUGCUUUAAUUGAAUGUUUUGUGUAUGUUCAUAAGCCUAAAUUAGCAAUUGGUGUAUUGGGGUUGAUGUUGAAGAAUGGUUAUAAGGUUAAUGUAUAUGUUGUUAAUGUUAUAUUAAAGGGUUUAUGUGAAAAUGGUAUGGUUGUUAAUGCUAUAAAGUUUGUUUGGGGUUUGGAUAUGAAAGAGGUAACACCUGAUAUAGUUAGUUUAAACACCCUAAUGAGAGGACUUUGUAGAGAUAAGAAAGUACAAGAGGCUUUGGAUUUGAGGUUUAGUAUGGAAAAGGUGGUGAAUUUUGCUCCUAACUCAUAUACAUAUGGGAUUUUGAUGGAGGGUCUUUGUUCGGAGGGGAGGUUAGAUGACGCUAUUGGGUUGUUGGAGGAGAUGAGAGUAAAAGGUUUGAAAGAGGAUGUUGUUGUGUAUAGUACACUCAUAAAUGGGCUUUGUAACAAAGGAUAUGUUAGUAGAGGGAAAGAAUUUUUGAAUGAGAUGUUGGAGAAAGGAAUUUCUCCGAGUGUAGUCACUUAUUCUUGUUUAAUUAAUGGAUUUUGUAAGCAGGGGAAAUUGAAAGAAACUACAAUGUUGUAUGAUGAUAUGUUGGACCGCGGAAUCCAGCCUGACAUUGUUACUUUUACGGGCAUGAUUGGUGGCCUCGGCAAUAAUGGGAUGGCUAAAAAAGCAAUUGAAUUGUUCAAUUUGAUGAUACGUAGGGGUGAGGAGCCUGGAAACAUAACUUACAAUAUUCUUUUAAGUGCACUAUGCAAGGAAGGGUUAUUGGCCGAUGCUUUUGACAUUUUAAGAUUGAUGAUAGAAAAAGGAAAGACACCCGACGUGAUCACUUACAAUACACUAGUAAAAGGACUUUGUAAAAGUGGGAAAUUGGACGAUGCCGUGACACUUUUUGAUUCGAUGUUGGGUGACGAGACUUAUGUUCAGCCGGAUGUUAUAACAAUGAAUGUACUGAUUCGUGGGCUUUGCCAAGAAGGCUCCCUUGAUAAGGCAGGGGAAAUUCAUAACAAGAUGGUUGAGAACAAGUCUUUAGUUGAUAUUGGAACCUUUACUGUACUUAUUGGAGCUUAUAUAAAGGCAGGCAACAUUGUCAAAGCUUUUGAACUUUGGAAGCAGCUAAAUCAAUUGAAUCUUAUUCCAGAUUCAAUAAGCCAUAGCACCAUAAUUGAUGGAUUUUGCAAGCUGUGUGCGCUCAACAUUGCAAAAGGUUUGUUUCUCAGAUUUAGAAAGAAGGGAUAUCAUCUAACUGCUUUUGAUUACAACAGCUUGAUGGAUGCCUUAUGCAAAGAGGGUAGCUUGGAGCAAGCAAGGAGGUUGUUUCAAGAGAUGUUAGAUGGAAAUUGUGAACCAGACGUAAUCUCAUACAAUAUUAUCAUUGAUUCAACUCUUGAAGCAGGAAAUUUGCAGUCUGCUAAGGAGUUGCUUAUCGAUAUGUCCCAGAGGGGUUUGAGUCCUGAUGUCUUCACUUUCUCCAUAUUAAUAAACAGGUUUUCGAAGCUUGGACAGAUGGAGGAGGCGAAAAAAUUAUUUGUGAGAAUGAAUGCUUCUGACUUGACACCGGACAUUACUGUGUAUGAUUGUUUACUCAAGGGAUUUAGUUUGAAUGGUGAAACAGAAGAAAUUAUUGAUUUGCUUCGCAAAAUGGCUGCUAAGGGCAUUGAGCUAGACCUCGGACUUACUUCCACCAUCUUGCAAUGUCUUUGUAAUAUUUCUGAAGAUCUUAAUGUGGAGGAACUGUUGCCAAACUUUUCGCAGAAAAAAUCAGAAGGAUUUAGUAUUCCCUGCAGUGAGUUGUUGAUGAAGCUUCAGAAGAGUCUCCCCAAGCUUCAGUUAGAUUCUGCUUUGUAGUACAAUCUCACAUGCUUCUGGCAGCUAUUGAGGGAACUUUCUUUUCUACAUAGGUGGAAACAUGUCGAGGCC